GUGUGUUUGGUGCUGAUGCAGAUGAAGUGAAGUCAGUGAUGGAGGGAGAUUCUGUCACUCUGAACCCUGAUCCUGCUAAAAUGCAGGAAUUUAUUCUGAUACUUUGGAGGUUUGGAGAGAAAGGUUCCACCAUUGCUCAAAUCGAUGGAAAUUAUAUCUCAUAUCCUAAUCACACUGAGAUAUUCACAGACAGACUGCAGCUGGAUCAGACUGGAUCUCUGACCAUCAAGAACAUGAGAACCAAACACUCUGGACUCUAUAAACUACAGAUUGAACACAGCAAAGGGACCCCAGAUAAGCAGACAUUCAGUGUUACUGUCUAUGAGUCUCCAUCUGUUAUUGCUGGGGGUGAAGCUGAAAUGAAGAGCGUGUCAGUGAAGGAGGGAGAACCUGUCACUCUUCAUGUUCCUCAACUACAAGGAGAUGUGCUGAUAGUGUGGAGGUUUGGAGAUGAAGGAAAACUCAUAGCUAAACAUGAUAUAGAGGCCAAGAGCUCACCAUUAUAUGAUACUGAUGAGAGAUUCAGAGACCGAUUGAAGCUGGAUCAGACCGGAUCUCUGACCAUCACAAAAACCAGAACCACAGACUCUGGACUUUAUAAAGUGAAGAUCAGCAGCAACAAACAGACUUUAUACAAGAGAUUCUCUGUAACUGUCACUGUUCCAGAUUCAGGUGUGUCUCCAGGUGCUGUAGCAGGGAUUGUUGUUGUUGUUCUGCUGGUGGCUGCAGCUGUAGCUGUAGCUGCUGGUGUGAUGUACUACCGUCGUCCCAGGACCUCUAAUCUACCAAUCCAAACAUUGCCAGUAACUGAGGGAGAAUCUGUCACUCUAAACCCUGAUCCUGAAAUACAGACGGAUGAUGAGAUACAUUGGCUGUUUGGAGAUAAAGACACUCUCAUAGCUCAGAAGUUCAAAAGAGAGACCAGAGAGCAUUUAAAUGUGACUGAUGAGAGAUUCAGAGACCGGCUGGUGCUGGACAAGGAGACAGGCUCACUGACCAUCAGUUGCAUCACAGCUGAACAGAAUGGACUCUACACUCUGAAGAUCAGAAGAGGCAGAGAAACCUUAUACAAAAGAUUCAUUGUUUCUGUCAAUGAUAUGGAGGAGUACAUGGAUCAAAUUCAGAAACGUCAUGGCAGUGUGUUCGUAGAACCGGCUGAAAUGAAGAAAGUGUCAGUGAAGGAGGGAGAAACUCUCCAAUUAAGCAUUGAUACUGAAAUUAAUUCAGAGGAUGAGAUGCUCUUAAUGUUUGGAUCAAAAAUACACCCAUAUGAAAUUAUAGCUAGAUUCCGUGACCAGGGCAAGGAUAAAUUUAUAACUACGUCUAAGAGAUUGACAGACAGACUGAAUUUGGAUUGCAGUGAUAUUCUCACCAUCACUAUCACAAGCAUCAAUGUCACAGACUGUGGAGAUUAUUUUGUACAGAUCACCGACAAGCUAAAUAAGACCGUCGAGUCAUUCACGUUCACUGUUGUUCCCGAUGGUGUGUUUAGUGGUAAAGUGAAGUCCGUGUCAGUGAUGGAGGGAGAACCUCUCAUUCUAAACCCUGAUCUUACUCCAAUAAAGAAAGCUGAUCUGAUAGUGUGGACAUUUGGACAUGAAGGCAGGCUGAUAACUAAAAGUGAUGUAAAGUACGAGAUGGAGAAAUUUAGAGACAGACUGGAGCUGAAUGAUCAAACUGGAUCUCUGACCAUCACAAAUACCAGCACCGCAGACUCUGGAUUUUAUGAACUAAAGACAAUCAGAAACACACAGGUCCAGUUCUGGAGAUUCAUUGUGACUGUCAUUGAUGAAGAAGUGAUGAAGCCAGUGGCGGAGGGAGCAUCUGUCACGCUAAACACUGAUGAAUCUGAAAUACAGCCAGAUGAUCUGAUACUCUGGAAAUUUAAAGACAUGAUUAUAGCUAAAAACAAAGAACUCUGCUCUGAACUUGAUGAAUUCACAAGACUGAAGCUGGAUCAUAAGACUGGAUCUCUGACCAUCAAGAACAUCACAAUCACAAACUGUGGAUAUUAUACACUACAGAUCAUCAACAGAGAAAGAACUAAAAAUAAGAGAUUCAAAGUUACAAUCAAGGCUUUACUUAAAGGUGACUUGUUGGACAAUGUGUGUGAUGUGGAAAUAAACAUGUAUGAUGAAAGCGAGGAUGAUCAGAAUGAACAUCUCCGUCACAUCAACAUCUGGGCUCCAGCUACAACAACAACAAAAAAAACAAGUUUCUGCUUUUAUGUGCCAGACAGUGAAAGUGAGAAAUGAAUUUGAGCUAUUAAACUCUCAAGUAAAAGCUUCUUUGGUUUUAGAUAAACAAGGAAACAAGUUGAUAAAGACAUUUCAUAAUUAAUUUAAUAAUGUUACACUUCAUACCUCUUACUCUAUUAACAUAAUACCAGUUUGACUCUUACAGCUUUGUAACAGCAAGUUUGGUUGUAGUCAGUGUCAUAUAAGCAUUUUAUGUGAUGUUUUACCACAGCAGUAUUUCUCUAUCCAUAGUGUGUGCUGUUUUAUAUAAUUAAAACCACUAUCAGUUAAAUGUUCAUAUUCAGCAUUGAUUAGAAUGUGUUUUAAAGCCAACAUCACAUGACCACCUCGUCAUGUGUAGAAAUUCAUCAGACUGUAUAUAAUAGACACACAGUUCAGAAACAUCUUUGACCGUCCAGAACCACAAUCAGUGUUGCUCAACUAGACAGAAUUUGACAUGUUUAUUGUAGAAAUUAAUGCAAAGUAAUGCAUACUUUGCAUUUAAUGUCUAAUCUGAAUAUGAUUGUUUUUGUCUUCUAAUCUGAUCUGUAAUUGUAACUGUGACCUGAAUUUAUAGUAUUUAUACUGAAGUUAGCCUUAGUGCACUUAUAGUAAAAAAAGAUAAAGGCUUUUGCUCAACUCUAGUACUUAGUGAUAUGAUACCACAUUGUGCCGUGCCUUUGCUACUGUUUUAUUGCCAUAUGUAUGUAAUUUUGACAAAAGCAUCUGCUUCAUACGAUAUUGUGCCACUAAUCUUAAUGUUUAAUCAUUCAGUGGACACACACUGAUACAGCUUUUGCUUCCUAACAACUGUUUGAACACAAAACGCAUGAAAAUGUAAAUACACAUUUGAAUGGGGAUG